GGCCCACGACGUCACUCGAGGGGGCUCUGUUAAAAAUAAGAACAAAAAUCCAGAGUCAAAGUGUCUCAGGUUGUGCUAAGUGGCCUGGAAAUUGCCCCCCAGUCCGCGCCGAGGCCGAGGCGGCGAGGGCGCGCAGACGGCCCCGGGAGCGCGGGCGGCCCAGCCCGGCCCGGCCCUGCCCGCGCCUCCCCGCCCCUCACCCAUGCGCCUGGGGCCGCGGAGCUCGGCGGGGCUCGGCGGGGGCGCGGCCGCACGCCGGUGGGGCGCCCCGGUCGGCAGCGGGGCGGCGGCCGUGCGCGGGUGGCCCCGGGGCUGGCGGAGCGCAGCGCGGGCCCCCGGGCCUCCUCCAUGUGCUUGCGGGCGGCGGCGGGCGCGCUGACCGCUCGCGCCCCGCACCCUCGAGGGUCUGCCGGGGCACGCGGGCAGGGACGGCCCGAGCAGACCCCGGCGGGCGUGAGCGCCGAGGAGCGCGCAGCCUGCAUGAGUGCAGCGUUAGCCUCGGGCGGCCGAGGCGGCAGCGCCAGAGCCGGAGGUAGCCGGACGCAGAGAGGCGCGCCGAGUCCGUGGGGCUCCCGGGGUCUCCUCGGGACCGUUGUGACUGUGUAGAGCGCGGCGGUGCUGCAAAGUCGAGGACCUGUUUUGAAUCUCCUGGCGUGUGGGCGAGCGCGGAGACCCUUGGUGUUUUCUAAACCCGACUCGUGGAUUCGAACGUGGCUCCGCUCCGAGCCCAGCCGGCGACGUGUUGGACCCGAGCCCUGGCCGCAGCCGCUGCGCACGCCCUGGGAAGACUGCGGGGUGCUAGCGCGGGAGUCUCCGAGUACAACCGCGUGCGGGCCGAAGAUUGAUUUGGAAAGGAUCCCGAGAGAACCUGUUUGGGAUUGACCGUGAACAGCAUGGAGGAGAAUGACCCGAAGCCCAGCGAAGCGGCGGCGGCGGCGGUGGAGGGGCAGCGGCAGCCCGAGUCCAGCCCCAACGGCGGUUCCGCUGGCGGCGGCAGUCCGGGCGACGCAGACACCGGCCGCCGGCGAGCUCUGAUGCUGCCCGCGGUGCUGCAGGCACCAGGAAACCACCAGCAUCCGCACCGCAUCACCAACUUCUUCAUCGAUAACAUCCUGCGGCCAGAGUUCGGCCGGCGAAAGGACGCGGGGACGUGCUGUGCGGUCUUGGGAGGAAGAGGCAGUGCAGCUGGCAGCGAAGGCGGCGCGAGUGUUGCGGAGGGAGGCGGCGGCGCAGGAGGCGCGGAGCAGCUUCUGGGUUUGGGUGCCCGGGAGCCCCGGCAGAACCCGCCGUGCGCGCCGGGCGCGGGAGGGCCGCUACCGGCCGGCGGCGGCGACUCUCCGGCCGACGGGGAAGGCGGCUCCAAGACGCUCUCACUGCACGGAAGCGCCAAGAAGGGCGGCGACCCCGGCGGCCCCCUGGACGGGGCGCUCCAGGCCCGUGGCUUGGGCAGCGGCGACCUGUCGGUGAGCUCGGACUCGGACAGUUCCCAGGCCAGCGCCAACCUGGGCGCGCAGCCCAUGCUCUGGCCGGCCUGGGUCUACUGCACGCGCUACUCGGACCGGCCUUCUUCAGGUCCCAGGUCCCGCAAACCAAAGAAGAAGAACCCUAACAAAGAAGACAAGCGGCCGCGCACGGCCUUCACAGCAGAGCAGCUGCAGCGGCUCAAGGCGGAGUUCCAGACCAACAGGUACCUGACGGAGCAGCGGCGGCAGAGCCUGGCGCAGGAACUGAGCCUCAACGAGUCGCAGAUCAAGAUCUGGUUCCAGAACAAGCGUGCCAAGAUCAAGAAGGCAACGGGCAACAAGAACACGCUGGCCGUGCACCUCAUGGCGCAGGGCUUGUACAACCACUCCACCACUGCCAAGGAGGGCAAGUCGGACAGCGAGUAGGGCUAGCUGGGCGGCGGGGCGGGCGCCAAACAAUGCAAUAAUCUCAAAUCAAAAAUCAAGGGCCAGUGUAUAAAGAUUAUACCAGCAUUAAUAGUGAAAAAUAUCGCGUAUUAGCUAUGGUUCUGCAAUAUUCUAUGUGUAUAUAAUUUACAGGUGGUGUAAAAUCCAAAAUAUCUGACUAUAAAAUAUUUUUGAGUUUUUUGUGUUUAUGAGAUUAUGCUAAUUAUAUGAUUUUUUUUUCUGAAGGGGGCUGCUUAGGGAUUCACCUUUUUUGAUUUUUUGUUUUGUUUUUUUGUUGUUGUUGUUGUUUAAAUCUCCUAAGCUCCAUUAUGGGACAUCAGACACUUUUUUUAGUUAUUAUUUCAAAAGAAGAAAAAAAAAUCAAAAACUUGCUGAAGUCCAAAGAUUUUUAUUGCUGCAUUUCACACGACUGUGAACCGAAUAAAUAGCUCCUAUUUGGUCUAUGAGUUCUGCCCCUUUGUGUAGGUUUGGUGAGGGCAGCAGGAAGGGGGACCUAGCAGGGAGAGGGGACCGCUAGUGUCCUUGGAUGGCUUGGCCUUGGGGG